AUGCACCUUCCUUCUAUCACUCGCUCUGUCAUCACCACUGCUUCUACCACCAACACCUCUUUCUCGGUCGUAGGAUCCAGAUCUCGCGUCCCUGUUCCGCACCUCACUGCAUCCGCUGGUCGAAACAGAUCGCUGCAGUCGCAUCGACGCAUCGCUCUGCAUCGUGCUACAUCUUUGACCUCGGCAAGAUCGAAAAGCACACACCAUCCUACGCACCAGCCAUCAACUACAAAGUCACCCGUCCUCCCCAAACCGUCGCAUAUCGCGUCCACCCUCCCCUCGGAAGAACACGCUGCUCCACCAACAGCGCACCCUCAACCACCACCGCAUCAGGGUCCACCUCGUCUCGUGCGCUACGAAGCAGAAACUAACCCACAUACUCCGUCGCAGCAUCCACUCUCACUCUACCCAACCUCGUUCUCGCACGCUUCGUACCCCGAUCCCGUUUCGUACCGCGCGCAUUUGUCAAAUCGACGCGCACCAGCUAGCUUGUUUGGUCUUUUCCCAAGCACCAGUGCUACUGCUGCCGCAAGUGUACAGGCCAGCUCAGAUCCGUUUGCGUAUUCUCAGACAGCUUCCAGGACUGCUUCGACACCGCAAGACAAGUCGGCAAGUAUGGCAGCUUCGACGUCGUCUGUUUUAGAUGCGACCAAGGCUGGCGAGGCGCAGCUGCACCAGCGCAAGAAGAACGCCACCGCUCCGAGCACGGGUGAACCUGAUGUGGCUGCCAAGACCAAUGCCGUUCUCGGAGGAAACCAUCACCACCAUGGCCAUGGACACGGGCACCACCACGAUCACGGCUCGGCCGAAGAAGCCGACAAACUCCUCGACGCGCUCAAGGGCAAAGGCGACCGCGGUUCCAACAUCACCCUCGCCGGCCUUGUCUCCAAUGUCGGUUUGUGUGGUGCUAAGGGCGUAGCUGGCGUGUACCUCAACUCAGCAGCGUUGCUGGCGGACGCGGCGCAUUCGCUCUCGGACAUGUUUGCCGAUCUCGUGACGCUCUUCUGCUGGAAAAUGUCGCAGAAGCCGCCAUCGGCGUCGCACCCUCUCGGGUACGGAAAGUACGAAACCAUGGGAUCACUCGGGGUGAGUCUGGUGCUGGUAGCGGGUGCUGUGGGGAUUGGAUUCCACUCGUAUGGCUUGCUGCUGGAGGCGCUGCAGCCGACGCUGCAGCACGCUCCCGCAGCGUUGCAGGCGUUUGGCCAAUUCACGGGGUCGCUAGCCAGCGCCGGUGGGCUGCUACACGACCAUCACGAUCAUCAUGGCGUGGCAUCGGGCGAGGGCGGGGCUGGGCUGCUGGAUCCGAAUGCCAUGUGGUUUGCGCUACUCUCAAUCGUGGUCAAGGAAUGGCUGUACCAUGCGACGCUCAAGAUCGCGCGGGAGGAGAACUCGUCGGUGCUGGAAGCCAACGCGCUGCACCAUCGGUCGGACUCGCUUUCGUCCGCCGUCACGUUCCUGGCAAUCGGUGGGUCGUACCUCGGCUUCCCCGUGCUCGACCCGCUCGGUGGACUGCUCGUCGCCGGCCUGAUCGGCAAGCAGGGCGCAGACCUGCUUAUCGGCGCACUCGGCGAGCUGUCGGAUCGCGGCGUCGAGCCCGAAACCCUGCAGCUGUUCGACAGCGCCAUUGUCGAGGUGCAGAAGCGCUUCCCCGCGCUCAUGGGCUGGAAGGACCUCCGCGCCGUCAAGUCUGGCGUCAGCGUCUUCGCCGACGUCACGCUGCAACUGCCCAACGACGCCACGCUCCUGCAGGCCGGCGAGGUCGAACAGGCCGUCAGGGAUGCAAUCAAGGCUAGCGUCAGGGGCGUCAAGGAGGUCAGGGUCAGGCUGGUCACCGUGGAUGCGGUCAACUAG